UAGGCUGGCGGAGGAGAAAAAACACAGACAACACCGAGAGAUAGAGGAAGAAAUAAUUAAAUAUAUAGCCUAUAUGUGUAUAUAGAGCGGUUGAUUUCAGCAAUGCUCCCACACGCAGAUGGAGGUGGAGCAGUGAUGUACAUGUGCAGCGAGCGGUGGCCUGAAGACGCACAAUAGAGCAUCGCGCACACCGUGUUUAAUUGCGGAUUAGAGCAGGAGGAGGGGAGAGAGCACCGGGGAAGGCAAGGAGACGCUCUUUAUUAUUUGGGAGAAAAGCGGACGGGGAGGGGGGCAGACACAGACAGCGUGAGCCCGGAGACAGCACAGACCGUGGCGGGGGUGACGGGAGAGAGGAGGACACCAACACUGACAGUCGGCAGCGUCGCUCGGAUGGUGUUGUUGUUGUUGCUCCGGACGCGGCGACGAUGCGGCCACACUGCUGGGUGAUGGUAGCGCUGGCGGGGAUCAUGUCGUACUUCAGCCCGGACAGAGCCCUCGGAGCCCCGCAGAGGGAAGUUUCUCAGACCAGAGCUGCAUCCCUCUCUCCUCCACCCUACGUCGUCAUCCUCAUCUCUUGCUCUGGGCUCGUCUCUUUUGUCCUGCUGCUCCUGACCUGCCUGUGCUGUAAGAGAGGAGUGGGGUUCAAUGUAAGUCUUCAACAUGAGUUUGACAAUGCAGACGGGGAGGAAUGCUCUGGAGGCUCCAGUCCCAUCCAGGAGGACAGCCUGUCGUCAUGUCCCUCCCUCCCUGAGGUCUACACCUUGCCGAUCCGAGAGAGGUCCAACUGCCCCGCCCAGCAGGAUGGAACAGACUCCAAGUCUCAGUGGUUCAAAAGACACACUUUAAACUAUCUUCAGGAGAUAGGACAUGGCUGGUUCGGAAAGGUGAUCCUGGCUGAAGUGCUGUGUGACUGCAGCUCCUCUCAGGCCGUGGUGAAGGAGCUGCGUGUCAGUGCCAGCCCUCUGGAGCAGAGGAAGUUCUUGGCCGAGUCUGAGCCGUACAGGAGCCUUAAACAUCCCAACAUUCUUCAGUGUUUUGGGCAAUGUAGUGAGAGCAUUCCCUUCCUCCUGGUUAUGGAGUUCUGUCAGCUGGGUGACCUGAAGAGGUAUCUGAGAGCCCAGCGCAAGUCAGAUGGGAUGACCCCUGACCUGCCGACCCGGGACCUCUUGACUCUUCAGAGAAUGGCUUUUGAGAUCACCUCUGGUGUGCUGCAUCUCCAUGAAAACAGCUACAUCCACAGUGAUAUGGCUUUAAGAAACUGCCUGGUGACCUCAGACCUCACUGUUAGGAUAGGCGACUAUGGCCUUUCACACAACCAUUAUAAGGAGGACUAUUACCUAACUCCAGACAAGCUAUGGAUCCCACUGCGCUGGAUUGCUCCUGAGCUGCUGGAGGAGUACAGAGGAUCACUCAUUGUUACAGACCAAACCAAGACCAGCAAUGUGUGGUCCUUGGGUGUGGUUAUAUGGGAGCUUUUUGAAUUUGGCUCUCAGCCCCACAGACACCUGAGUGACGAAGAGGUGUUGACCUUCGUCAUUAGAGAGAGACAGAUCACCCUGGCCCAGCCCAGACUCAAACUCUCCCAUGCAGACUACUGGUAUGAGAUCAUGCAGUCCUGCUGGCUACCUCCAUCUCAACGCCCCUCUGUAGCAGAGAUAUUCCUCCUCCUCUCCUCCCUCCUGGCUGCUGAGCGAGGAAUGGCGAGGGGGAGUGUCGGGGAAGAAGAUGAAGAGGAUGAGGAAUAUGAGGAGGGUAGAGGAAGGAGAGGGGAGAGCGAGGAGUCGUUUGAAAGACGCUGGGACUUACUCCGUCCGCCUGCCUUCCAGACUGCAGCACACGAGCGGAGAGAGAGAGAGUACGGCAGGGAAGACAACUCCUACCCCCUACUGGACCCUGUAGGGAACUGUAUCACCACGUCCUCGUCUGAACUGGAUGACAUCCUGACAGUUACUGAAACCAGCAAAGGUUUGAACUUUGAGUAUUUCUGGGAAAAGGCUCAUGCCAGACGAGGCUACAAACCUCUGCCUCCUCCUCAGCCAAUCCCCACUGUGAACAAUAACCACAGACAGUCUUUGGACACACCCACUGUGGUCCCAGUGAUAAGCGCCCGCAGCCCCUCCCUCGCCAGCGAGUACUACAUCAGAUUAGAGGAGCACACUCCCCAGGACAAGUCACCAACUCUUAAAGGGAAGACCCAGUCCUCUUUCCGCUCUAACUCGAUCUGCCCGGGAGACAUGGAGCUGGUGGAGAUUCGCAGUGGAAUGCUGGGAAAAGAGCGGGUCCCUUACUGUUCCUCUGAUAAGUGUGGAAAAGGCCUCCAGACCAUCAGAUCAAGCGAGAUUCACCUCCAGGUGCCCAACACAGGUGUGGCUGAAUUCAGAGACACUUCGAGUAGAGUGACUGACUUUUCAGUAGUUGAUUUGGGAGACGAUGAUGAAGAGGACAAGAAAAGGGGAAGUGAGGGAGACAAAAAAUCUCAUGCCCCGGUCCUUCCUCCCAAGCCUCGCUCUAUGUCCAUGUCGUCAGCCAACCACCUUUACUCGCGCCCCCUCCCCGCCCCCCCACUUGGUUAUAGAGGACUGCCUCACUACACCAUCAGUGGAAAAAUCGAAACAGACCCCCAUCACAUGAGCAGCUGUCCACCUUCUACCUUUGAUCACCUGGGGCUCCAUCGGUCCCGACAGACUCUACCCCCAUCCCCGUCCCUCUCCCCCUCCCUUCCCCCAUCAAGCCAUCCAAUUUACCCCCAACCUCCUCAAAUGUGUCCCCCGCCCCUCCCUCCCCACUCCAAACCACAAAGAAGCUGCCCCAGCUACAAUACAGCAGAGACUUAUUCAAGAUACAGUAGGCCGCAGAUGCAGAGAUCAAGUAGAGACCCAUUAUCCUGUGACUUGUCUGACAGAGAGGGUGGUAGCAGGCACUUAGCAUCAUUGCACAACUCCAGGGAGACUUCUCAUUCUCGUGCAAAAGACUUUGACUCUCCUGUUCGCCGAGAAAACCCAUUGCGUCCCAUUUAUCGCAAUUUACCCCGUCCUCAUCCCACAAACACCCAGAUGGACGGACAGUCUUCAUCCAGUCCCACCUACUCAGAUGAGGAUGACUCUCCCUUCACGUCCCCUGAGAGACCCAGUGGUGGGCCUACUGUCACUCACUCCAGCCUAUCUGAAGAUGCAGACCCAGCCUGUGCCGAGCUCUUCUCCAGGGGAAUGAAAAGGACUCAGUCACGCCUCGACACCAUCCUGCCUGCCAUUUGGAGGGAAGAUGCCGAACUUCAUGCAGAACGUGUGGCUGCUGCCAAGAAAUCCCCCAUGCAUCUGUUUCUGACAGAGAUAUCUAGUGUGACAGAGUCCAGUGAGCCCAAGUCAGAGGCUUCAUGGGAGGGACAGAAUGAGGAGAAAAGAGAUGGAGAGAGAUGGGGGAACUUUGUGCUGCCCAACAGAGGGAUGCGCCGCUCCCAGUCGCUGAUCACAGAGCUGGGGUCAGCAGGACAGUCAUGGGAGCCAGAGAAUUGCAACAGGACAGGAGCUACGGAGGACGAUACAGUCACUAAAGAAUCAUUCCAGAGGGAUCUUUUCCUCACAGAGAUUGACACAGGAAGGAUGGACACGGAUCUGGAGGGGGGAUCACAAACUGAUCCAGUAAAAUAUCUCUAUUCUUCAGGAUCCAGAUUGCGACCCUAUGUCUGUGCUCCAGGACUUCCCUCAUACACCGAGGCUGAGGAAGCCUAUUCAAAGGGUAUACGAAGAUCCCGCUCUCUCCUCUCUGAGAUCACCAUCGGGAAGCAGGACUCUGAGUUGCAGCAGACUGAGAAGGAGCCACAGAGAACAGAAAUGACCAGGGAGGAGUUCCUUAAGGAGAUCCAAUCAGCAGAGACCUUUCUGACUGAAAUCAUAUCUAGACAAAACCCUGCUGCAAACAGAAUGGAACCAGACUCAUCUUACUCCCCUACUCCACUGUCUCCGGAAUACGAGUCCAUAUGCAUUGACCCAAGCUCCGCUCAGACCAUCAGAUUUCAGUCAGAGAGCUCCUUACGAGCAUCCAACAAAGGCAAAGAUGAAACACCAACUGAGGCCAUAUACGCACAAGUGACCAAGCGUGCUAAAAAGAGUGAGAUAAAGGUUUCUAUGAAACCUGAGAUCCCAGUCCUUCAUAUAGGAUCAAAUAAACAACUUGUUCAACUGGACAGCGAAGGAAGCAAUGCUGAAAACUGCCAAUCGGAUGAGUUUGUGUUUUCAGAAAUCAUGCCCAAAAAUGGUCUUCUGCACAACCAAACACUUGCAUGUCGGAAAGAAGAGGAGGAGAGUUCAGAUGGCCCUGCCUUACCUGCCAGAGGAGAGCAAACAGCUCACUUAGAGCACUCUCCUUCUGAGUCCACUCAGAGUGUUAAAGACUCCAACGCGAACAAAUCGCUAGUUACAAAUGAAACAGAUACUCAAAUCACUGCUGUUAUAGGGAAUGGUGAGUUAAUGAAAGAAGACCUACAGGGCAGCAGCGCCGAGAGAGGUCAAACACCUGGAAAGACCGAUACCACGUCAUAUGAUCCUGAUAAAGGAAAGUACCAAACUGAUAAAGGUUUUGCAGUGGACUCUGAACACAUCAGAGCAGCUGAUUUGAAGAAUUCUGGAGAAGAUUUGGGUUCUCAAAAUAAUGAGACGAAAAGAGAGAAUUUACAACACAAUGACACUGGGCAAGAAAAACACUGUCACACUGCCGAAAAGGCACCCACUCCUGCUGCCACUCCAACCACUCCCGACUGGGACCCAUCCUCUGAUGUCUCACUCAUCACCCCAACCGACUCGGGCCUGUCACCCAUGACUUCCAACUCAGCCGACUGUCUCACACCUAGUGACUCAUGGACGAGCGGUGAAGGAGGAGUUGGAGGAGGCGGGUGGCGAGCUCUAGGAAAUGAAACACCACAUCGAGACUCUGCCUAUUUCUCAGACAGUGAAUUGGAGGGGGAGGGGGUGAGCAGGAGGAGCAGUGAUGGACUUUUUGCCUCCAGGCCGGGCAGCAGUCGAGGGGGCGAUCGGGGAACACUGACAGGGAUAGAGGAAAAAACUGAGGAGGAGGGAGAGAUGGGAGAAAAGAGCCCCUUAAGAAAAAUCAUACAGCUGUCACAUAACAAAUGUGAAAUUGGAGAAACCAUUGAACUGUGUGAGGAAACGAGGACUCCAUAUCAACAUGCUACAGGAAAUGCUGUCUCUAAUUUAGGUGAUGACAAAGAUAUUCUAAACAAAGGGCUAGAGUCAGCACAGAGAGACGAUUCUGGCAUUUUCCAAAACGAAAGCAAAACGUCAACACUGCUGUGUGAUGAUCCGCAGGCCAAGGACUGCGUUGACUUAAUUGAUGAGUUGUUCUCAAAAUUAAACGACGAGCCACUGAAAGGACUCCCACACAGCGGUGGGUAUCCGAUUGACAACCACUUCAGAGAAGGCGUCAUCUCUCAGAUAACAGAUUGCAAAUACCAGGGCUCUGCAGACAACGAUUUAAAUCUACAUUCCAAGAGCCUGGCUGAGACAAAUAUUUUGAUCGAGUCUGUAUCUGGCAGCCGGUCAAAUGAUUGUGUGUUGAGCCCCAGCAAUAAAGAAUACACAAGUGUUACAGAAACGGAUAUUGAUCUCUCUGCACUGAACUCCCUCACAUGUGGAAAUGACACUGUUGAAUAUGUAACACCAUCCCAGGUUGACAACAGAGAGUCGAGAUUAUCUAAACUUUACGGAAUUCAAACCAGCGAGGCCACACUCAGCGAUGACACCCCGUCAGUAGUCGAGCCAAGUGAGGUUGGGAAGUCUGUCUGUGAUAAAGUGAGUGGCCCGACAUGUCCUUCUUGGGCUGAGGAGGGUGUUGAAGAGCCUGAGGGACAUGAAGAGAGGCCUGGUCAAGACCACAACGAGCUGGGCCUGAGAAACCUGCGCUGCUCAGAUGGAAGCGAGCACAAGAAGGUCACUACGGAGACGGAGAAACAGCUGGCUGCCGCAGAGCUGAGUAAUGCCAUGAAGGAAAAGUCGCCCUUGAGAGGAGCAGUCAGUCGGAUGGACUGUGCUAACAAUGCAGAUAAAGACUCCUGCGAGGGCCUGGAUGUGAAGACGAAAGAGUUAUGGAGCGCCCUGGAGGAGGAUGAAGAAAAAACAGGAUCUGGUGUUGUUAGGGGAGAGUUUGACUGCCAUCGUUUUUCACAGUCAACAGACUUACGUUUGUGGCCUGAUGAAAAUGACCAGUGGGCCUCUCCAGAGAGGAGAUGCCAAGACAUUGAACUGAGAUCAGAAUUUUUCUCUGGGUUCAGUAAUAAGGCCUGGGAGGUGGGGGAGAGGCUCGUUGUGGGUCAGGAGUUUUGGGAGACUGAAGAAAACGACGAACUUGCAGGACGCGAACCGCACCCUGCCAUCUUGGAGGGCUGCGAAGAAACCUGGAAUGAUGAAUCACAAGGAAUUGCUGGUAAACUUGCCAUUAAGGAAACAUGGGACUCUGCAGGCGAUAAUGACCAACAGGCUGUCCAAGUGUUAGAUGUACAACAGGAGGAAAAUAUUGAGAACAUAGAAGAAAUUGGCCAUUUUAACAAAGACCUAGAAAAAGCAUCCCCAGAUAUGGAAGUAGAGAAUAUAGAAAUUCCAGAGCAGGAGUCCUUGGAGAAAGGAGAGAGGCAGAUUUUGUCAUGCACAGACACAGUCCAGGACAGGGAAGGUCUGCUAGACUCCACAGAAACAGAGGAAAAUCGAAAUUUUAACAGAUGUCCUCAGAAUCACCUCUGCACGAUCCAAAAAGAGGGACAGACAUCAGCUGAGCAUGUUGACAAAGAAACAGGCUCUAAUUCAGAGAACUGCUUCAGUCACACUUUGGACAGCUCAAAUAUAACUAUUUGCAUCACCGAAGCUCCUCAUGAGAACUUUUCAGACCUGGAAAAUGUUGAAUCAGGCGCAGAUUUAGAGGCUGAAAUGAGACCAUGGAUUGCUAGGGAAUAUAUAGAAGAGAGCGUAAGCAUUAUGAACGAAGAAGAGGAUUACAGAGACAUGCCGCCUCCACCCAAUGAUUGUCCAAGUGACCUUGAUGUGCAGGAGGAGAUGGAUCAGUCGUAUCCACAGGUAGACAAUUUCAGCUCAGUAGAUUUUCCUAGUCCUCCACCAAGCAUAGACCUUGAUGUGCAAGAUGAUAAAUUGGAGAGUUUAGACGACUCUUUUCCUAGUCCUCCACCAUCUGUUAUAGAGGCAGAGGAGUUUAUUAGUCACAUUAAUCUAGAAGACUUUAUUGCUAGCACUGAGACAGAGUCGUAUAUUUCCCCAACUCACAACGCAGAUGUCUCAGAGCCACCUCUGCAAGAAUUACCACCUGCUACAACUCAAAUUAAAGGGAUCUCAGCCAAUCUGAACCUUCCCUCUGUGCACAUAACCUCGGCCGAUGAGAGCGACCUUGCAUCCAAUAUAGAAAAACAGGAUGAACAUAAUAAUUUCUUCCAGAAAACAUCAUCUGCCUCCCCAUCUUCGCCCCAAGUUCCCCUCAACAAUCUCCCAGAAUUACUGAUUUCUGAGUGGAAAAAUUUGGAUGAGGAGCCGCUGGAGGAUUUCGAAAAACUGGAACAACUGUGUUGCAUAUCUGAGGACGAGGAGGACUCUCUGGGCGAUCUUUUUCUGGGGAACCUAGAGCUCCUGGAGUCUUUGAAGAAAACACCUGAGCAGAAGGGCAGCAGUGUUGGUGAUAGCGAUACAGCUGAAGAGACAUGUUGCACCUCGACUCCUGAGGGGAGCAGGGUGGAUUUGAAGGAGGCUCGGAUCUCUGAUAAAUCUGACAAACUAGCCGAAUCUGCACCCCAGCUGAUCUUGGACUCUGAAGAGGAGAAGAAUGACGGACAGAGAUCAUCAGGCCAAACCCCUGAUGUCAAAGAUACGGGCUCUCUCUCUAAGAUGACAACAAAGAAUGGCCUCAUGAUGCAGGUGUGUGAGGAGAGGCUGCAGUUUUCCCUCAGUGAAAAUGUGAAAACAAAUGUGCUCUGGGGCUCGACUGUUAAAGACACAGUGACGCUCCGGCCCUGGGGGGAACAAAUCACAGAGAGCAGCAGUGAGCUGGUCACUGUCUUAGAACAACAAGAGGAUGAAAGCCAAGAGAAGCAUGAAAGUUCCUCCAGCAUUCAACCCCACACCGAAUCUGAUGAAACUGAAGCUGAGCCGCUCACUGUGAUUGAACAACCUGAGGUCCCAACCCCUCAGCCGACUGCAAACCAGGCAAUGAAAGCAAAACUAGCUCGUCUCUCUCUCACCCUCCCUCCUCUCGCUCUGACUCUUCCCCUCACCCCCACUGGUAAAGGAGGUUUUGGGGACGGUGCGAUUGGAAAUCGGAUCGGAAGACGGAGAUGUUUGCCCUCAGGAAGCGACGCUGACGAGGAGGAGGAGGAUGAGCAGGAGGACGAAAGCUCCCAGAGGAUGAUUGUUGUCACAGAAACAGAUGUGGACAAACGUGUCGGGCUGAGGAGUCUGCUGAAAUCACCCAAAGAGCCGAUGGACAGAGAGAGGGACAGAGGAAGAAAUGUGUCCUUUUUUGAUGAUGUCACGAUUUAUCUUUUUGAUCAGGAAACUCCGACCAAUGAGUUGAGCAGUUCGGCGCCCACAAGUCCAGCCCCAGUGUCCAUCAAAAGCACCAAGCUAGAUUUGCGUGGGUCAAACAUCAAGAGCAAAGAUUCAAAAAGGAAAGAGGAUUUAUCAAUCAAACCGAGGUCGCCCGUGGGGGCCAAAACAGUGACAUCAUCGCGCUUCACUGUCAGCCCUGCCAACGACCCCCACUCGGCGUGAUGUUUCAUGUCGUGGGAACCUUUAGAGCUGAACCCUCUUGGACUGGCCAGUGAAUUAACCACAACAACCAGCCAUUCACCCAGAGGCUAUUUUUUUAUUGAAGAGGCAUCUUAAAGAAUGAGACUCCCGUUCUAAAAGCUGGACACAUUCCAGGUUUUACCAGCGACAGGAUUUUGUAUGACAGGGGUUGUUGUGCUCAUGCCUGCCACUAUUUACAGAGUUUAUUCACAGCCUUCAGCUACAAAAGUCUUUGGAAAAGGCAGCAUAUGCUAGGAGAAGAGGAGCCCGGAGCUUUGUAAAAUCGGAAACAGAUUCGACAGCUAUGCAGUGGGAGUCUUGCUGUGUACCAGCUUACCUUCUCUUUUUCUUCUUCAUUCUGUUGUAUUGUUCCCCAGAUGUGCGGCGAAUGCACUUUCUUUGGUCAUUCAUCUGUCUAUGUAAACACUUGGAUUCCAGUCCUCUCUUUAUUAAAGAAGUUUUUCAUUGCAGUCAGUCAGUUGUUCUUGUCGGCAGCUGUUUGAAACAGAAAUCGCUUGACCUGUAUUUGAGAAUACUCAUUUGCAUUUGUACAAAUGUCAUAAUACAAGUGAAUCCAAUAUCAUUUUAGAGCUGUUUACUUUUAGAUGUAUCCUUAGACUGCACGAAAAAUGAAACAAGCUAUGCUUCUUUAUACUUUUAGUUCUAAAAAGAUUUCUCUUAUGUUAUUAAUUUAAAUUAUAGAUAUUUAUUAUAUUGUUUAAAUUAUUUAUGUAAAGCCAGUUUUUAUGCAAUAUUUUAUUUAUUUAUUUAUUAAUCUGUUUAUUUAUUUGCUUUCUGCAAUUAACAUAUAUUAGCUUAGCUAUAAUUUCUUUGGGACUGAAUGCAUCUAGGUUAUACCUUCGCUAAGAUCUUCAUAACAAAUAAAUGAAAAUAUUUUCCCAAACGUGUUAAUUGCUAAAAAGGUAUUUUGUAUAAUUUGACUUGUUAAUAUAUGCCGAUCUGUAUCGAACUAUGUCCUGUAAAGUGUCAUUAUUUUCCAAUGUCUAGGAAUUUUUAGCUGUCUUGUCAUUAUUUUACCUUGUUUAAAGACCGUUAAUGUAGCUUAGCAUGAAAAAUCAAAGCCUUUCAACAGUAAAUAACUCCAUUUGUUUGUGUAUCUGUUAAUUUACCCCAUUUUCUACUAAUAACAGUUCAUCCUGCAGUCGAGGUCCAACUAGUCCAUUUGUUUAGUCUGUUUAAAUGUUGGUUUAAAACCUGUAUUGUUUAAAGAACGGUUUUCAAGGGGUAAUGUAUAAACAAGGGGAAAUAAAAACUACAAAAUGUGAACCUCUUAUUGAACUGUUUCAUGAAAAUAAAUCGUUUUGUUUUGUAAUUGUAAA